CCCUUUCCGCCUGGUCUGAUUAGAGGGAGGGAGUUUGAUGGUUCGAGACGAGCACUCUGCUCAUACGAGGCCUCGCUGAGUCUCUUUCUCUGCAUUAUGUCAUAAUGGAGCCCUGGAAUACUAUCUGCUACUGCGUUGAGAAAUACAGAGCGAACUUUGAACUCUAUUGGUCAGCUGCCUGGAGAUAAGGAAGGGAGCGGGUUUAGAGAGGCUGCCACACGACAAGCAAGGACAACACGCGCCACGUCAGCUGGAGACGCAGUUCUGUACCACACUGGAGGACCUACAGGAGAACUGGCAGGUGUACUGGCUUUUAGUGUGUUCUCUGAGGUGCGACAAUAACCCCUAUACAGGAGAAUACAUGGUAUACACCACUGGGGAACACAUCGAAGAUCUUGAGAGGAGGGAUAUAAAGAAAAGUCCUAAAGGAGGGAUCAGUGUUCCCUGGCACAGGCUAACGUUUGAUGGAUUCUACGCUCUCCUCUGCCCUGAAGACAAACCCUACAGGAACAACCCCACAGUCCCAGAUCUGAGAACAGGAGUGGGACACACACCCCAAACGGAGCUUGGAGCCCGUUGUCAUGGCGAUGACGGCCCUGUUCAGGGGCAAGUGGGGUCAAAAGUCACAGGAGCCCCCUGAGAAGCGGCCCGCAGCGCCGGUGCACUCCAGCAAUCACGAGGAGGAUGAGGAGGAUGACAGGGUCAUCACCCCCAUCCGCAGGAACUCCCGUUUCUACCGUUCCAUGAGGAAGAAGAGGCUGGCCUCGUCAGAACAACCUGAAAGACCUGCAGUCUCUCUGAGGCCUGGCCCAGAGCCCAGCCCAGCCAGCAGGUCAGGCAGCAGCACCCUCAGUGUCCCUGAUCUCCAGAAAACUCCCCUAUCUCCCCGGGCACGACGUAAGCCAACAUCUCCACGACCACUCCAUUCUGGAACUGUGUUGCCAAGCAACGGGGAGCCCAGGAGCCCACACAUACUUUCUAGCGGGGCCUCUUCCCCUCUUUGGAUGAGGAGCGGAGGAGGAGGAGGAGAAGGAGGGAGGAAGAGCGCAGAUGCUUCUCCAGCUAGCGUUCAGUGUGGAGGGGGCUCCAUUUCCUCCAUCUCCAUUUCUAGCGCUCUGUUGUACCGGACACAUGGCAUGCACGCACACACUGAAGACAUGGAGAGCCUCUCAGAAUGCACCGCCGCUUGCUCUGUACGGGAGCCCGGAGGGGACACACAGUCACCGCAACCAGCGGAAGAGGGGGUCGACGUAGAGGGAGUCAAACUCAGGUUGGUGAGCAAUGGGGAAAGAAAGGGCUCAACACCAUUGAAAAUAGAAUCCAUCUGCUACAGUCUCAACAUUGUCAAGAACAUUGCCUUCCUGUACCAGGAGUACCGGGACACAUCCAAACAGCAGGAGAUCGAGCAGCGACGGCAGCAGGAAGGGUUGACCUAUGGGGUCAGCACGGGGUUAGGGGUGACGUCUCCACCAGCCCUGCAGCUGCAGCUGAGGAACAACUCCCGCUCUCUGAGUCUGUGGCAGAACCUGGAGGUUGUGCAGCAGAGCGGCCUGCUCACCCAGCUACCGCAGAGAGAGAUCAUCAUACAAGAGGCCAUGUUUGAGCUGGUAACCUCAGAGGCGUCCUACUACAAGAGUCUGGAGGUGCUGGAGACCCACUUCCUGAAGAACCCUGUGCUGGUCAACACACUCAGCCAAUCAGACAUGCACUUCCUGUUCUCCAACAUUGAAGAGGUGAUGAAGGCCAGCGAGAGGUUCCUGAUGGACCUGGAGAACCGCAUCGAACAGUCCCUCCAGAUCUCAGAGGUGUGUGACAUCGUCCACCACCACGCCGUCAAGCACUUCCACGUCUUUAUCACCUACGUCAUCAACCAGGUGUAUCAGGAGAAGAACUACCGACGCAUUCUACAGGGAAAUCAGUUAUUCCGCGAGGCCAUGGCUCAGUUGGAGAACCAUCCGUGUGUCCGAGGCCUGUCCUUCACAUCCUUCCUCAUCCUCCCCUUCCAGAGGAUCACACGACUCAAAAUGCUGGUCCAGAACAUUCUGAAGAAGGCAGAGGAGAAUUCAGAGAUUGAGGCUAAUGCCAUCAAGGCUCACCAGCAGCUGGAGCAGAUUGUGAAGGAGUGCAACGAGGGUGUGAGGAAGAUGAGUCGUACAGAGGAACUCAUCAGCAUUGAGAAAACACUGGAGUUCAAGUCUAAGUCAGUGCCGGUGAUUUCCCACUCCCGCUGGCUGCUGAAGAAGGGUGAGGUGCAGCAGAUGGCCGGGCCCAAGAGCACUAGGACCAUGCGGAGCAAGAAGCUCCACCACCCUGUCUACCUGUUCCUCUUCAACAACCUGCUGCUCAUCACCAAGCGCAGCUCCAGUGGUGAGAAGUUCCAGGUGCUGGACUCGUGCACGCGGGCCAUGCUGAGGACUGAGGACCUGGAAGACCAGGGUCAGAUGCUGGCCAAUGUGUUCAACCUGAAACUCCUUGAGAACCAGGAGGAGAGGCCUGUCAACUACAUGCUCAAGACCUCCAGCAUGAGUGAUAAGCUGCGGUGGAUCUGUGCUCUCACGCCAAAUCGCCGCACGCGAUUCAUGUCCACCAGCGCCCAUCAACCAGCUUCUCCCCAGGUCCAGUGUAUUCAGUCGUACUCGUCUCAGGAGCCAGAUGAGCUGUCCAUUGAGAUGGCUGACUUGCUGAACAUCCUGGAGAGGACAGACGAUGGCUGGAUGAUGGGUGAGAGGCUCCAUGAUGGAGAGAGGGGCUGGUUCCCCUGUCGGGUGGUAGAGGAGAUCCAGAACCAGGAAGUGCGGGCCCAGAACCUCAGGGAGUGCCAGAGAAUCCACCUGGCCCAGGGAGGGGGCACUUCCUCAGGGGCCAGACUGGGCUCCAGGGGGGCCAGACGCACCCCGAAAACACCCAAAGUCUCCAACUUCUUCGGUACCUGGACUGACCAGUCAGAGGAGGAGCAGUGAAGCACAUAAUAUUCCACUCUGAAAGUGAUUGGUUGGAACCCCCUGGCAGUAAUCUUUACUGGACCACAUGGGUCAAAUGACAGAGAUCAUGUGAUUUCAGCAUGGGAUUGCAUUGGAGGAAAGUGAUGCAAUGACAUUAUUUCCUGUUAACUGUUUCCACUUCUCCGAUGGUUUUGGUGUGCCAGGGUUUAGGGUCCCAGGCUGCAGGUUUUAGGGUCCCAGGCUCCAGCGUUUAGGGUUCCAGGCUGCAGGUUUUAGGGUCCCAGGCCCCAGGCUUUAGGGUCCCAGGCUCCCCUGAUAGGUCCUAUAAUCAGAGCACUUUGUCAAUAACUCCAACACACUGCAUGUCUUACACUACUUCCAGUGGAAUGAUUCAGCACUAACAGUCUAACUGUAAAACAAGGCUCUGGUGGAACUGGAGCUAUGCAUGUGAUGGGAGAAGAUGAUAACCACAGAAACAGUUCUCAAGGGGAUGGUAGCAUGUGAAUGUAUCGUAUCCUUGCCUCAGCUGCAUGGGUGUGAUUUUGUUCUUUCAUUUUUUUAAGGACUUCUUUGCUUGAGAGUUAAAUCCCCCAGAACGAUGGCUUGGCGAUCCACCCUUUUGUAAAGAGCAACUCCUCUAUUGAAACCAUUCAAGAAGCAAGUUUUAAAAACAGGCCACCAGCAUUGAAUGGAAAUUAUCCAUGAAUGUUUCAUGAUUCUGUAUAGUAAAUAGAACAAUCACAUGACUGGGUGUUCAGUAUUGGGCUGGAGGUAAUCGACUGGCAAAGACGAGCACUACAGAAUCACAGGCCUUGCUUAUACAAUGGACGUGUUCUGGGGGUCAGUUCCCUCACCAAUACUGAUAUGCCACUUACACAUAUACACACGCUGACAUACGCACGCACGCGCACACACGCAAACACUUGGGGAAAUCCAGCACAACCUGUCCAACACUAAAAACCCUCCACAGACACCUGGCCUGAAGCAUCUGCACAGAACGUGCCAGCACACUGACAGAACUGCAAUGGCAUGCGAGUGACAAAACGUGUGUGUAUGAUGAGUACAGUAUGUGUACGUGUGUAUAUUGUAAGUCUUGAAUGUUCAAUAUGUGAUGAAAUAAUUACUAAAUAAUUGUGUAAUUUCAUUAUGUAAGAAGUAAUUUAUUGUUAAUAAAAACUAAAUGUGAAAUUCAAAUGGAAAUGAUUUGUGUUUA